AUGUCAAGCUGUGCCGUGUGGCGGCUGGUAGAUCAGAUCUACGGCGUCCUUCAAUCUCUGCAUCCUGACGCAAAAACUUUCAGCGACAUUCCGGUGAAGAUUUAUUCAGAGUCUUCCCACGUUGCUUCUCGGCUUCCGCCGUGGAACCAUCAGCUCUGGAACCAUAUGAGGCAAUUGAUGGAGCUGAACUGGUUCUCCAGGAUUUGGGUCGUUCAGGAAGUGGUUCUAUCUCCGCAAGCUCCCGUCAUCAUUCACGGACCACAUCUCUAUCCAUGGCACCGCCUCGAAUUGGCAGUCGCCUGGUUGCGACAAAACGGAUACAUGAGGCUACCACAAGUUCCGGAAAAAUUGCGGAACGUACUCACGAUGUGCAGUCUUCGACAAUCACAGACAAGGUGGCCUUUGAGCGCCUUGAUAUCCAUAACGCAGAUCAAAUUUCAUGCUACGGAUCAGAGAGACAAGAUUUACGGCUUGCUGGGGUUGGCAGCAGAAUGCCAGGAUUCUUCAGAGCCCCCUGAAGCCUUGCGCCCUGACUACAGCGUUGACGUGUCGCAAACCUACCGGAAAGUUGCGCGCUUCCUGAUAGAGAACAGUAGAUCACUCGCCCUUCUGACCCGUGCACAUGGGACGCCCGGCAGUCUGACGAGGAGACAGCGAUUACAUGACUUCACAGGCUUGCCAUCGUGGACUCCUGACUGGAGUGACUUUCGGGUGUUCAACAGGGAGAUUCGAACAAGCCUAUCGUGGAUCCACUACUCGGACUCCAAGGAACCUGCUUAUCUAGGAUUUCCUCAACAGUAUACUGCGUCCGCCGGCGCUGGGCUGAAGCUGUAUGGUAUCGAGAAUAGCUCGGUGAUACGAGUGAGCGGCAUCAAAUUAGGAGAAGUUACUCAAGCCCUUCCUUUCAACCAGAACGAAAUGUCGAGGGAAGAGUUUGGAGCGCUGAUUGAGUCGAGGAUCAUAGCUGUAUGGGACGCAUCGAUUUCAACCCUAAAGGGAGCAGAUGCGACUGUCUGGGUAGCUCGCUUCAUCAAGGCCACGACCGCCGAACAGCAUGGCCUCAUCGGACAGGUGUGGGAUCAGAGCUUCAAAGACGGCCUGGCAUAUCUGCUUCGUCUCCUAGCCGUCGAUGAGCCACAGUUGGCGUUACCAUUAGCCAAAGACGACAAGGCGAAGGCUUUGAAUCUCCUACAGGGCCUGUCCGUUGGGGGAGAACCCGAGAAGUACGCGGUUUUGGCGUGUACCUAUUGUUUCAACAGAUGCUUCUUAGUAACUUCGACGGGGAACAUUGGCAUCGGCCCGUCCGAUACGCGAGUGGGUGACUGUGUUGCGGUUAUCCUAGGUGGUGGUGUGCCAUACAUCAUCAGACGCCGAGGAUCAGAGUGGACUUUCGUGGGGGAGUCAUACAUAGAAGGAUUUAUGAAUGGCGAAGCGUCUCGAGCAUGCCAGAAAGGUCUUGUCCAAGAAGAGAUACUGGAUAUCGCAUAA